GGGAUGCUCUUUUGGUUACAGAUUCCAUUGACGUUGUGUUUCGGAGAUCAGCUCGGGGAUUUAUGGGGUGGAAGAGUGAUGUAGUAAAGCUUAAAGAGUUGAGAAAUGUAUGUAUCUAUGUAUGUGAUGGGGAUGGAUUGAGCAAGGUUCAGUAUGCACGCGGUUCUCAGUAGGAUCCAGGGUCACUUUUUUUGUUGACAGGCGGUGGUGACAUAUUCAAAGGAUUAGUAGCUCUGUGGACGUGAGGCUUUCGACCUCUUUAAAUAGAGAGAGAGAGUGAGGGAGAGACCACCCCAAGAAAACAAAACAGAGGUCAGACAACAGCAGUUUGGCAGAGUGUGACUGGACAUGGCCCGUGUCGAACGCAUGCACACACAAACAUAUAGCUGAUAACACAUCUGAAGUGUGGCCGCCAAGAACAGCCGAAGUUAAGAUGGCAUUGACUGGGGCUGAAGAUAUGCCACGGCAGUUCCCGAAGAUUGCUUUGACUGAUGUGGAUGAGGAGGUUCGCCUGCUGGCGGAGAAGGUUUAUGCCUCGGCACUGAAAGAAGAAGACACAAAAGAUGCCCUGUCCAUGUACACUGUACCCGAGGACUGUCCCAUUGGCCUUCAGGAAGCCAAACAGAGGGAGCUACUCAGAGAACUGGCUGAGCAACAGUCAGAAGAAAGUGCCAAACGGAAGAAGAGUUUUAAGAUGAUUCGGUCCCAAUCUAUGUCACUGCAAAUCCCAUUAAGUACAGAGAGUGUCCGGGGUGUAGUGACCCCCCUGAUUACCCCGUCCUCCACUUGCUCAUCCAUUUCGCCAAAUUUCCCGGAGUAUCAAAGAGUCACCAUUAGCGGAGACUACUGUGCUGGGAUUACAGUUGAGGACUAUGAGCAGGCAGCUAAAAGUCUGCUAAAGGCUCUUUUUAUUCGAGAAAAAUACUCCAAACUGGCAUAUCACCGCUUCCCACGGACUACGGCACAGUUCCUACGUAAUGCAGCGAAUGAAAAGUGGACAGAAGAGGACGAAAUCCUCCCAGAUAUUUGUCCAUGCCCUGGUGAGGGAGAGGAUCCCUACAGCAUGGAGAAUGUUCCAGAAAACCUCAAUUAUCAGAUGAAGAUGAAAGAUGGCAUUAUUUAUGUAUAUGAAAACGCUGAAGCCUUAAGCAUGAACAAACCACGCUGCCUUCCAUAUCCAGACCUGGAAACAUUUGCUAUUGACAUGAGUCAUGUGCUCGCCAUGAUUGCUGAUGGGCCUACUAAGACCUACUGCCAUAGACGACUCAACUUCCUCGGCUCAAAGUUUUACCUGCACGAAAUGCUCAACGAAAUGGCCGAACUAAAAGAGCUCAAGGGCGUUCCUCACAGAGAUUUCUACAAUGUCAGAAAGGUAGACACCCAUAUCCACGCAGCAGCAUGUAUGAACCAGAAACACCUGCUCGAUUUCAUCCAAACCACCUACAAAACCGACGCCGAGAGAGUUGUUCUGGAGAAGGCGGGGCUUAAGCUAACUCUCAAACAGGUGUUUAACAACCUGAACAUGGACCCUUAUGAUCUUACGGUAGACUCUUUAGACGUUCAUGCUGGCAGACAAACCUUUCACCGCUUUGACAAAUUCAACUCAAAGUACAAUCCUGUCGGAGCAAGUGAGCUGCGGGAAAUCUACCUGAAGGCCGACAAUUAUAUCAAUGGAGAGUAUUUCGCCCGCUUGAUCAAGGAAGUAGCACAUAAUCUGGAAGAGAGCAAGUAUCAACAUGCAGAACCGCGACUGUCCAUAUAUGGCCGUUCCCCUGAGGAGUGGGAAAGUCUCUCCCAUUGGUUUAUUCAGAACAAAGUGUACUCUCCUAAUAUGCGCUGGAUCAUUCAAGUGCCCCGAAUAUAUGACAUCUUCAGGUCACGCAAGUUGGUUCCUAAUUUUGCCAAGAUGCUCGAAAAUGUUUUCCUUCCUCUGUUCGAGGCCACAGUGAAUCCUCAAAAGCACAAAGAGCUCCACGUGUUUCUUAAAUAUGUGACUGGCUUUGAUAGUGUGGACGACGAAUCCAAACACAGCGAUCACAUGUUCUCUUAUAAGAGCCCUAAACCUGAGCAGUGGACAACUGACGACAACCCGCCAUACAGCUACUACCUCUUCCACAUGUACGCCAACAUCAUGGUGCUCAACAACCUCAGAAAGGAACGCGGUCUUAGUACCUUUCAGUUUCGUCCGCACUGUGGAGAAGCCGGUUCCAUCACACACCUGGUUUCAGCUUUCCUCACCGCAGACAACAUCUCUCACGGCUUAAACCUGAAAAAGAGUCCUGUGCUGCAGUAUCUGUAUUAUCUUGCCCAAGUGCCCAUUGCCAUGUCUCCUCUGAGUAACAACAGUCUGUUUCUGGAAUACUCCAAGAACCCACUGCGAGAGUUCCUGCAUAAAGGCCUGUGUGUCUCGCUCUCUACUGAUGACCCCAUGCAGUUUCAUUACACUAAGGAGGCUUUAAUGGAGGAGUACGCCAUUGCAGCACAGCUCUGGAAGUUAAGCACGUGUGACGUCUGUGAAAUCGCUAGAAACAGCGUCUUGCAGAGCGGCCUUUCCCAUGAGGAGAAAAAGCACUUCCUUGGGGUCAGUUACCUGAAAGAUGGACCUGAAGGGAAUGACAUCCGGCGGACAAACGUGGCCCAGAUCCGCAUGGCCUACAGACACGAGACCCUGUGUAACGAACUCAGCUUCCUCGUGGAUGCUGUCAAGUCAGAGGUGGUUGGGUUAUUGUAGUUGUUCAUAGUAUUGUCUCUACUAAGCUCUUUGUGCCCAUAUAUGCAUGAUUGGUAUUUUUAUAUACUGUAGGAAUGGAAGCACUAGGGACCCAAAUGCAAUGUUGUUUAUUUACUGUAUCUAGUCUUUCCCUGCUUCUCAGAUGUAUAAUUCCCCCUAAUGGCGCAGACAAAAUAAUUUAGUUAUUGGAAAUAAGUUAUUUUAAUAUCUAUACAGAACUAUAGUUUAAAAAUGUCUUGACAAAUGUUGUUAAUCAUCAUUAGGGAAAUAUUUUUUUAAAGUAUUAAAAAAGCCAUUUAAUAAUAACAUAUAAUUUAUUAAAUAUUAAUAAUAUAUAAUAAAUUACACUAUAUACAGCCCAUAGCGGCACCCCUGCUGAAUGGCCACAGUAGCGUUAAUAACAAAUGCUAGUAAAAAUUAAUAAAAAAGUACUAGUUAUAAAACAAGUCAUUAUCAUGAAUGAUAUCAAAUGAACAAAACCCGUCUAAUAUUAGUAUUAAAAACCUAAAAGAUUAGCAUCAGUAGCAUAAACAAAAACUAGUAUGGUUUAUGAAAUGUUUAAGCUGUUUGCUAUCAACAUCGCUGUUUGUAUGCAGUGAUUUGAAAUGGGCGUUUCAGAAGGUUUUUGACAUUAGAUUAGGCGGGAAAUAUCUCCCCCCUGUGGAGAUUCUCAACUAUAACAUCAAAACACAGAGAAGAUGCUUUUAUAAGAGAGAAACGUCUGGAACAUUCCAUCAUUGCGAGAGAUAAACAUACGAAGUACACUCUUAGAAAUAAAGCUAGAAUCGGUCACUUUUCAAAAGUUACUCUUUUGUUCCUAACAGGUCCUUUUAAUAGGCCUACCUAAAAAAAUAAAAAUAAAUAACAAACCCCUAACGCUACCUCAGUACUUUAAAGUUACAAAAGUGUUUCCUAAAGGCAGUGUUUGAAUAAUUCUGACGAUCGGGGGUGUCAACUUUUUUCGGUAGUAGUUUGUUAAUAAAUGCUUCAGUCAAUCAAAUUUAUGAAUGUAUUUGAAAUACAUCUCAUUUAUUAAUAAAAUGUACACGUUUUCAGUGUUUUGAUGGAUAUUUAGUGACUCUUUUAUUGGUCAUUGUUGAUCAAACUAUACAAAUUAUGUCUUUUUUUAAGGCUACAUGCAGAUAUAAACACCUAUUUUAAAAGAAAUGUGUUUUGUAAAUACUUACUGGAAGAUGUCUACCGGGGAUCUAGAAAUGCCAGUUUCAGACUUUUCAAUCAUACAUAAUCAUUUUCUUAGCACUGAAUGGGGCGAUUUUGCAUUUACAAUGGUAUGAACCAUUAUAGAGGGUGGUCAGAUGUAUACUGUAUUAUACAUUUUUAAUUAUUAAUGUUUCAUAUAAAGACCAAAGAUCAGAGAAAGCUAUUCCUUACUAUUGAAAGGCUGAUGCCCCAUACAUUUUGUUUUGAUGUCCUUCAGGAGUGAUCAAGCGUUAAUUAGGGGGGUCAAUCCCCCAAACCUCCCUGUAAUUCGCACCCUGCCUAAAGGUACUAAUGUGCAGCUGUCAAGUUCAAAAGUGCACCUUUUGAGUAGGUACCGCCCCACCCUGUUGAAAAAACCCCCCAGCUAUGUCUAGUCUGGUCAACCAGCUAACACCAGCCAACUAGGCUUAUUUAAGCUGGUCGACCAGCCUGGUUUUAGAAGGGUUUAACUGGUUAGGCUGGGAAAUGUCCAGCUGAAACCAGCGUGACCAGCCCGAUUUAAGCUGGACAUAGUUGGUUUUGGCUGGGUUCCAAGCCUGGCUAGGCUGGUUUUAGCUGGUCAUCUCCCGGUCUAAGGGCGCUAUAUAGCUACAACCAGCACAAUAGUGCACAAGACCUUAUUGGUCGCCAUUUGUUGCUAUUUUCAGAUCAGUUCAACUCUAAUGUUCCCGUUUUGCAUCACAUUGUUUAAAUAGUAAAUCCAUUGGUGCGGCUUUGUGGGCUCAUGUGUGUUCUGGUCUUUAAAGAAGGUUUGUUAAGGUGCAUUGUUGGUGAGUUGCUGUUUUGAGGAACUAAAAAUAAACUGCACAAUUGACCAGCUAAAAGCAGGUCUUAAGUCCAGCGCAGAGUGCUGCGUUAGUUGUGCGUCUUACGUUACGUUGUGUAUUAGUCUGAGUUCUGAGUUUAAGUUUAAGUUCUGAGUUUAAGUUUAAAGCUUUAGUAAUCCCCUUGGGGCAAUUCAUUCUGACAUGGUGGUGCUUCAAAUAUAAUAAGAAUGACACACUUAACACACUAAACACACACACUUAACAUCAAGUACACAAACAAAAAAAAAAAAAAUAAUUCAA